UGUUGUCUCUUCUGACAUCUUGCGAUUGAGAUACCUGAGAACAGGUUCAGUAAGAAUCCAAGUUCCUGAAGAAGACACUUACGAAUGUGUUGAAAUAAGAAGCUGUAAACAUUUUUUUCUUUUUUUUCUGUCGUCUAUACUGCAUAAGAAACCAUAAUCUGAAGCGCUUCUCAGACACUCGCCCAGAUGUAUGAAGUCUGCAAAGCUCGCUGUCCAAACUGACCGUUUCUUAGUAAGUGAAGAAAAAUCACUUUCUCUGUAAAAUUCCCAGCAGGAACAUUUUAUUAUGGACAGCUUCUUCUGGAUGUAUAUCCAGGGAGAUUAAUGCCUAGAGUUGGAAGGUAUUUAGUAUACACUGAAAAGUUGGCUUUCCCUCAGUUUCUCCAGAUGUAUUGUCUCCCCUGUAUACUGGGAACACGCACAACUGCGUAAACUACAGAUGCAGCCAUGGAGCUGUAUGAACUUCUGAGCCAUAUGAGAAGUAUUGUUGAGCGUUGGUAUCAGACACCGCUUCAUGAUGUCAGCUGAACUGUGAUUGUGUUAUGCUAAUCAUAAUAAAGCAUACAAAUGGAGUGACACCCUUCCUGAGAAGAGGCUGUUAAGUUUUAUGAGAAAGGUUAACUGAUUACCAUAACCUCUGUCAAGUUCUGUGCAGAAGAUAUUUUUUUUCUGCGCAAGAUGAAUGCAUAUCUCCCUGCUCUGAGAUGUUGAAGGUGUACCACUGCUUAUGACAAAUCCAAGAGAAGAAGCUUUAUAAAAUGGCUCAAACCAGCUUGCUGCAGGGAAAGCAGUUUUACUGUAGGGAGUGGGUUUUCCACAAGCUUCAGCACUGCCUCCAGGAGAAAGCUAACUGCAGCAGCAGUGCUGCCAACAAACCAUCUCUUGUAGUGAAUUCUGGGAAUAAUACCGGUGUUGUCUCUGGGAAAGGAGCUGCCUGGGGUGUAUUGUUGGUAGGAGGGCCCGGUAGUGGGAAGACGGCCCUCUGUACUGAGUUACUGUGGCCAAGCUCACCUGCAAACCUGCAAAGAGGCUUACAUCGUCAAGCUCUAGCCUUCCAUUUCUGCAGGGCCCAAGACUCUGACACGCUGUGUGUUGGAGGGUUUAUUAGAGGUUUAGUUACACAAAUCUGCCGCAGUGGACUGAUCCAGGGAUAUGAGGACAAACUAAGAGAUCCUGCUAUUCAAAGUCUCUUGCAACCCGGGGAAUGUGAGAGGAACCCUGCUGAAGCAUUUAAAAGGUGCAUUCUGCUCCCUCUCUUGGGAAUGAAGCCCCCUCAGCAGAGCCUCUUCCUGCUCGUAGAUUCAGUUGAUGAGGGCUGUAACGUUUCCGAGGGUGAACAGACUUCUACAAGUUUAUCUGGAACAAUAGCGGAGCUUUUAGCUGGCCACUUUGAGUUCUUCCCUCCCUGGCUGCUCCUCCUGUGUUCUGCCCGCAAGCAGAGUAAAGCUGUUACAAAAAUGUUUACAGGUUUUCGAAAAAUAAGUCUGGAUGAUCUACGAAAGGCUUAUAUUGUGAAAGAUGUGCAACAAUAUAUUCUGCAUCGUUUAGAUCAGGAAGAAGCACUGAGACAACAUCUCACAAAAGAAACUGCAGAAAUGCUGAAUCAGCUUCACAUCAAAAGCAGUGGGUGCUUUUUGUAUCUGGAACGUGUCCUAGAUGGAGUUGUGGAGAAUUUUAUCAUGUUACGAGAGAUCCGUGAUAUUCCAGGAACAUUAAAUGGCCUAUACCUUUGGCUCUGUCAGAGACUUUUUGUGAGAAAACAAUUUGCAAAGGUCCAGCCUAUUCUUAAUGUAAUUCUUGCAGCCUGUAGGCCAUUAACCACAACGGAAUUGUAUCAUGCAGUGUGGACCAAAAAUAUGACAUUGACCAUGGAAGACUUUCAACGCAAAUUGGAUGUCCUGUCAAAAGUCCUUAUUGAUGGACUUGGAAAUACAAAAAUCUUGUUUCAUUACAGUUUUGCAGAGUGGUUGCUAGAUGUAAAGCACUGUACGCAGAAAUACUUGUGUAACGCAGCAGAGGGGCACAGAAUGCUGGCAAUGAGUUACACUUGCCGAGCAAAGGAUUUAACACCAUUAGAGGCUCAGGAGUUUGCAUUGCAUCUAAUUAAUUCAAAUUUACAGUUAGAGACUUCAGAGCUGGCUUUAUGGAUGAUAUGGAAUGGCACACCUGUUAAAGACUCCUUGUCAACCUUAAUUCCUAAAGAACAAGAAGUAUUACAGCUACUGGUAAAAGCUGGUGCUCACGUCAACAGUGAAGAUGACCGCACGUCUUGCAUUGUUCGGCAGGCUCUGGAGAGAGAAGAUUCCAUUCGCACCUUGUUAGACAACGGAGCAUCAGUAAACCAGUGCGAUUCCAAUGGGAGAACGCUCUUGGCCAAUGCGGCGUACAGCGGCAACCUCGACGUCGUUAACUUACUGGUUUCAAGGGGAGCAGAUUUAGAGAUAGAAGAUGCUCAUGGGCAAACAGCACUUACCUUAGCUGCUCGGCAGGGACAUACCAAGGUUGUCAAUUGCUUGAUCGGUUGUGGGGCUAACGUUAAUCACACUGAUCACGAUGGCUGGACGGCAUUGCGAUCUGCAGCGUGGGGUGGGCACACAGAGGUGGUUUCUGCGCUCCUUUAUGCUGGAGUCAAAGUGGACUGUGCAGAUGCUGAUAGUCGAACAGCGCUGAGAGCAGCAGCUUGGGGAGGACAUGAAGAUAUUGUGCUGAAUCUGCUUCAACAUGGUGCUGAAGUUAAUAAAGCUGAUAAUGAGGGCAGAACAGCUUUGAUUGCAGCUGCAUACAUGGGACAUAAAGAGAUUGUGGAGCACCUGCUGGACCAUGGUGCAGAGGUAAACCAUGAGGAUGUGGAUGGAAGGACUGCGCUGUCUGUUGCUGCGCUUUGUGUACCAGCCAGUAAGGGACAUGCCUCAGUGGUCAGUCUUCUAAUUGACCGUGGUGCUGAAGUUGACCAUUGCGAUAAAGACGGCAUGACUCCACUGCUGGUAGCUGCUUAUGAAGGACAUGUAGAUGUUGUUGACCUACUUCUGGAAGGAGGAGCUGAUGUUGAUCACACAGACAACAAUGGUCGUACGCCACUUCUGGCAGCAGCCUCCAUGGGCCACGCUUCAGUUGUAAAUACUCUCUUAUUUUGGGGUGCAGCUGUUGAUAGCAUUGAUAGUGAAGGCAGAACAGUUCUGAGCAUAGCCUCUGCACAAGGCAACGUUGAAGUAGUACGGACUCUGCUGGACAGGGGGCUAGAUGAAAAUCAUAGAGAUGAUGCGGGCUGGACACCUUUGCAUAUGGCAGCUUUUGAAGGUCACAGGUUGAUCUGUGAAGCUCUUAUAGAACAAGGUGCUAGAACAAAUGAAAUUGAUAAUGAUGGCCGUAUACCUUUCAUAUUAGCUGCACAAGAAGGUCACUAUGAUUGUGUGCAGAUAUUACUGGAAAAUAAAUCCAACGUUGAUCAGAGAGGCUAUGAUGGGAGAAACGCUCUCCGGGUUGCUGCUUUAGAAGGUCACAGAGAUAUAGUUGAACUGCUGCUCAGCCAUGGAGCAGAUGUAAACUACAAAGACGCUGAUGGCCGGCCAACACUUUAUAUCUUAGCAUUAGAAAACCAGCUUACGAUGGCUGAGUAUUUUUUAGAAAAUGGUGCAAACGUAGAAGCAAGUGAUGCUGAAGGAAGAACAGCGCUCCAUGUUUCCUGCUGGCAGGGCCAUUUGGAGAUGGUACAGGUGCUGAUAACAUACCAUGCUGAUGUGAAUGCUGCAGAUAAUGAGAAGAGAUCUGCUUUGCAGUCUGCUGCAUGGCAAGGUCAUGUGAAGGUAGUGCAGCUUCUCAUUGAGCAUGGAGCUCUGGUUGACCAUACAUGUAAUCAAGGUGCUACUGGACUCUGUAUUGCAGCCCAAGAAGGGCACAUUGACGUUGUCCAGAUAUUACUGGAGCAUGGUGCUGAUCCAAAUCAUGCCGACCAGUUUGGACGCACUGCUAUGCGUGUUGCAGCUAAAAAUGGACACUCUCAGAUUAUUAAAUUACUGGAAAAAUAUGGUGCAUCUACUCUGAAUGGUUGCACUCCAUCUCCAGUCCACACAAUGGAGCAAAAACCCUUACAGUCAGUCUCCUCUAAAAUGCAGUCAUUAACGAUGAAGUCAAAUAGUUCAGGGAGUACUGGCGGAGAUAUGCAGCCUAGUAUGCGUGGCUUAUCUAAUGGGCCUGCUCAUGCCUUCAGUUCUCCUUCAGAGUCGCCUGAUUCUACGGUUGACCGUCAGAAGUCAUCUUUAUCAAAUAAUUCCCUGAAAAGUUCCAAAAAUUCUUCUCUCCGCACCACGUCAUCUACCGCGACUGCUCAGACAGUGCCCAUUGAUAGUUUCCACAGCCUGUCGUUCACAGAGCAAAUACAGCAGCAUUCCCUGCCACGCAGCAGAAGUAGGCAGUCGAUUGUUUCUCCCUCUUCCACAACUCAUUCCCUAAGUCAAAAUCAUAAUUCACCAAGUAGUGAAUUUGAAUGGAGCCAAGUAAAACCUAGUUUGAAAUCAGCUAAAGCUAACAAAGGGGGGAAAACGGACAACUCCAGCAAAUCUGGGUCAGCUGGGAAAAAAAUAAAACAAAGUAGUUCCUCCCAACCAAAAGUGUUGGAGUAUGAAAUGACUCAGUUUGAUAAACGAGUACCUAUUGCCAAAUCUGGGACAAGCGUGCCACUGAAAUCAAUGCCGGCAGAGCCACAGUGCAAAAUUUUGGUCCCGCCAGCUCAGCAAGAAGUUGGUCGAUCUCCACAACAGUUCCUAAUUCACCAACAGAGUGGAGAACAGAAGAAGAGAAACGGAAUUAUGACGAAUCCAAAUUACCAUCUGCAGAGCAAUCAGGUUUUUCUCGGUAGGGUUUCUGUCCCACGAACAGUGCAGGAUAGAGGGCAUCAGGAAGUACUGGAAGGCUAUCCUCCCGCAGAGACAGAACUCAGCCUUAAGCAAGCCUUAAAACUUCAGAUUGAAGGUAGCGACCCGAGUUUCAACUACAAGAAGGAAACACCAUUAUAAAAGGCCAAUUCCAUGAUGCUAUGAACAGAAGCGCUUCUGCUCCGAAUGAUUUAUCAGCUGGCUGGGAUGAAAGCAUACAAUGCUUGUUUAGUCCACCUAGAAAUUCAAGAAUGUGAUUACUCCAGUACAGUUACCUUAAUUACUGUAACGUGCCUACAUUUUCAGGCUGCCUUCUCAGUAUAACCCUCUGUGCUUCAAAAAUUUAUUUUGUGUACUUUGAUUUUAAUACACAGAAUGAGCACUUUUUUAAUUGCAGAAAGAUAGAUGCUGUAUUUCCCUGACAACAGCUGAAAAUGCUAAGAACAAGGAAUUCUGAUUUCCUAUUCCAGAACGCUUGGUAGAGGUGCAUGUGCCACAGUGAACCCUGUAUGGAAAGGCAGUGCUUUUUGUAUUUAUUUUCCUGUGGCUAAAGAAAAUAAGCAAACAGUUUGUCACAUUUGCAUUGUUGUAAUGUAUGGUCGGUUCCCUGUGUAUUUCAAAAAGUUCUCUCCCGAAAUACAAGUCUUGUAACAGUAUUUUAUAAAUACUGUACUUGUGUGUUCUGUCUGUGGAAUAGCUGUUCAGUGGUAGCAAAGGAGACGGACUGCAACCAUCUGCAGCAUCUUUGGGAUUUUUAAGAGACAAAAUCCACUGUCUGGUACCGCAGCACCAAAUCCGGAUGGCAGGCUGUGACCACUGAAAGCAAUAGGCAAAUUUGCUCUUGGACACUUGAUCUUAAAUAGCCUCCGUUAUUGUUAUGGUAAUGAGGUAACUGAAUAUGGAUAUGUUUUAGGUGCUAAAGUAAAAGGUCUGAUCCUGCUUUCAUGUAUAUCUUUAUGUGUUAGAAACAGCUCUUUCUUUUUCCAAGGUAAAGGACUGUAUUGAGAAUGUCAGUAAAACAAACCAUGGAAAAUACAGACACUUUGCUAAUGAGGCUGAGAGAAUAUACAGUGAGAGUACAGUGGCAAAGCAAAUGGUUAGUAAUACCGUUGUCUGGGGAGUAGAGAGAUUACCGAGUUAACUCUGUCCUGAGACAAUAACUCUUUAAAGCACAAACUCGUAUGAAUGUGGUUACUGCUUCAGAUGGAUUAGGUAGAGCCAGCGUGAGUAUCUCUGUACCUGGAGCACGGUUUAUCAGCGGUCUGGAUAGUCCGUCUACAGGUCAUGGGAAGCUGGUUCCCCACUCUCACAGCAGAAGAAUUUUACUUGUAAGAAAGAGAGCAAAAUCAAGGCCAUUGUUGUGAAAGUGAAGAGUACGAAUUUUUCCUUUGAAUGUGCACAUCUUACUUGCACAGCUCUGCGAGUGAUAAAAUGAAACGAGUGAGUUAUUUUCUCCUAAAAAUGCAAGCUAUAUUCUACUAUUCACCAUUACACAGCCUUGCUUUUUAGAAAAUAAGCCUAUUUUUGUAUGUGAGUAUUUCUUCUAAAGGCUUGGGAUUCAUCUUUUUCAUACUCUAAUUCUGAUCAUUCCACAAAUAAGAUGAUAGAAAGCUGAGGUUAUUUUUCAUAGAGGAUUAAGUAGAUGUGUGGCUAUCCUUAAACUUGGAUAAAUGGCCCCUGGAUGUAUAUGUAGUGCAUAUUCUGAGGCACUAAAGGGCUCCAUGUCUUGUUAUUAUGAUUAACAAUCAUCAGAACAUUUUUUUUUAAUAUCUUGCACCUCCAUUCUUGUUUGCUUGUUACUAAAUGUAAAAAGAACCUUUUAUAGUCAGGCAUUCAGCAUAUAGUGAAAUUAGAUGUUAAAAGUUGACACACGGCAAUAUUGAUUAUUCUGAAUGUUUCAUGUAUUGAAUUUCUUGUCCCUGUGGGACAAUUAUAAAAUAAACAUAACAGGAGUCUGGCAGAAUGGCCUUAAGAGGGUUAGUGGCUCAGUAAAGAGAGAGUACCAAAAUGUUCUCAGCAAACUUGUUCCGAACCUCAAGUACAGUACAUUUGCAAUACUGUGCAAGAAUACAACUUCUCUUACUUAUUAGAUGUAUGUUUUAUUCUGUAGAAAGGGAUCCCUGAAUGCCGACAUUUUUCUACUGACCUUGACUGUCAUUGGGAUUAUAUUUAUUUAAUUUUAUUGUGUUGUUAUUAAUUGCACCUUGUGGACAGAGGACGUAAAAAUAUGGCCAGUUUCACAAGGGGCCACAACUUAGAGAUAGCCUGAUGGUUUUUGUGUGAAUAAUAUUUACAUUUGAAACAGUUGGUGGGGAAACCUCA